GGAGGCGUGUUGUUGGCGCGGAGCCCCGCCCCCAGCAGGGGCAGAGGGUGACGGGCGAGGGUCAUGGGGUGUAAGCGAUCCUGAGCGACCGAGCCCCCGAGGGCCGCGGCAUCCCCUCGCCUCGCAGCCGCGAACAGCGCGCCGGCGCCUCCCUCGCCCGCCCGUCCACCCCCCGGCGGCGGCGCGGUCCAUGCGGCUGGGGGCGGAAGCCGGAUCCGGCGCGGGCAGGGCGUCUCAGGUGUGGCCGGCGGCCCGCGGAGGUGAGGGGGCGGCGGCGGCGGCGGCGGCGGCUGGUCCCGGCCCGGCCCGGUGAUUGGCCGCCAGCUGAGGGCCGCGAGGCGGCCGGGCUGGGAGGAGCCAGCCGAGCAUUGUGCGCGCGGAGCCGGGAAGAUGCUGCUGUCCCUGGUGCUCCACAUGUACUCGAUGCGCUGCGUGCUGCCGGCCGCCGUGCUCCUGGGCACAGCCCCCACCUACGUGCUGGCCUGGGGGGCCUGGCGGCUGCUCUCCGCCUUCCUGCCCUCCCGCUUCUACCAGGCGGUGGACGACCGGCUCUACUGCAUCUAUCAGAGCAUGGUGCUCUUCUUCUUCGAGAACUACACCGGGGUGCAGAUAUUACUAUAUGGAGAUUUGCCAAAAAAUAAAGAAAAUAUAAUAUAUUUAGCAAAUCAUCAAAGCACAGUUGACUGGAUUAUUGCCGAUAUUCUGGCCAUCAGGCAGAAUGCUCUGGGACACGUGCGCUACGUGCUGAAAGAUGGGCUGAAAUGGCUUCCACUGUAUGGCUGUUAUUUUUCUCAGCAUGGAGGAAUCUACGUAAAGAGAAGUGCCAAAUUCAAUGAAAAGGAGAUGAGGAGGAAGCUGCAGAGGUACAUGGACGCAAGGACUCCAAUGUAUCUUGUGAUUUUUCCAGAGGGAACAAGGUAUAAUCCAGAACUAACAAAAGUCCUUGCAGCUAGUCAAGCAUUUGCUGCUCAAGAAGGCCUUCCAGUAUUAAAACAUGUGCUGACACCAAGAAUUAAGGCAACUCAUGUUGCUUUUGAGUCUAUGAAGGAUUAUUUAGAUGCAAUUUAUGAUGUGACGGUGGCGUUUGAAGGGACUGUGGACGACAAAGGGCAGCGGAAAGAAGCACCAUCCAUGGCUGAAUUUCUCUGCAAAGAUUCUCCAAAAAUUCAUAUUCACAUUGAUCGGAUAGACAAAAAAGAUGUCCCAGAAGAGCAAGUAUAUAUGAAGAGAUGGCUUCAUGAGCGCUUUGAAAUAAAAGACAAAUUGCUUAUAGAAUUCUAUGAUUCACUGGAUCCAGAAAGAAGAAACAAAUUUCCUGGAGAAAGUGUUACUUCUAAACUAAGUCUCAAGAAGACUUUACCAUCACUCUUGAUCUUAAGUGGUUUGACUGCUGGGUUGCUCAUGACCGAGACCGGAAGGAACCUGUACGUAAAGACGUGGAUUUAUGGAAGUUUGAUUGGCUGCUUGUGGGUUAGUAUUAAAGCGUAAACAAGCAGCUGUCUCCGGGCAGCGGGAUGUGCCGCGCUGUUUAUUAUUGGCGGCUGCACAUAACCUGCGGUUGUUCCUGAAUUUAAUGAGAAGUGUAAAUAAAGCCUUGUUGACUGAACAUUGGAUAAAAUAGAAUUUCUGACUAAAGCCAAUAUGCAUUUGGUCUUGGGCAAACACACACGGCUUCACAGCGUUAGUGCGGGAGCUGCCGGAAGGGAAAAGAUAAGCAGAGUUUGUGUGACACUUGGCAUUUCCUAUGAACUAAUGUCAACUCCAGACGACUGUUAGGACUGUGCACUUUGUUACUGUCUUGUCGUUCAGAUAGCUGCCUUCAGGAACAUUAAUUUGCAGUGUAUGUCACCGUGUUUGUUGUUUUCAAUUUUUCACAACUCGACUGGUCCAAACUCUUAUCACUAAACUAUUUAGUGCCCUG